AUGCAGUCUCAUAAACGAGGAUUCGACACACAAUUUAGUGUACGACAGAAAAUUGUUGAACUUUACUUAAAUGGGCCGUCAUGUAGACAAAUUGCACAACAAACUGGCAUGUCAAAAAGUACUGCGAAUAAUAUAUGUACUAAACUUAUUACUAGCGGUGAUGUUUCAGCUGGGAAGCACGGACGAAAACACGGUAACAGAACAUGCUUGACUGAUAAUAUUUUACAACAUAUUGAAUUUUAUAAACGUCGACAGCCUACUAUUUAUCUGCGUGAAAUUCAGUCAAAGUUACGCCAAGAUAAUGUGUGCCUCGAUGUCCCCAGUUCAUCCACGGUUUACCGGGGACUUGUUCACCGCCUACACAUGACGAGGAAAAAGUUAAAAUCUGUUGCUGCAGAGUCAACGACUGACAUUAACGAACAACGAAUGCUUGAUUUUAUCGAUACCAUUUCUGAUUUUGGACCAGAACAGCUGCACUGGUUUGACGAGGCGUCUGUCAUUUGUACUACUGGAAACUGGCGUUACGGGCAUGCAGAAAUUGGUAAACCGGCGACAGAAAUACAGUGGUUUGCGUCUAAUGUUAAUUACACAAUAAACCUGCUUACAAGUAUAUUUGGUGUCGAAUAUUCUGAUAUCAUUGUUGGACCUUCCAAUGCUAUGGAAAUGAUGAACUUUUUUUUUGAAGCAGUCAAUGUAGAAGACCACGUUGGAAAUCGUUGUUUGACACCAGGAGAUUGUGUAAUCAUGGAUAAUUUGUGGUUUUCAUCACGCCAGGAUUGUCGAACCUAA